AAAUAUAUUGAUUAAAAAUAAAAUGAUGCUUCCAUAUUUAUUCAUGUGUGCAUUUACAAACUAGAUGCAAACUUAACUGAUGAUGUUCUUAGUGUUGACCUACUGGACGAACGACAAGAGUUGACCAAUCUACAAAAUGAAAUUGAAAAAAAUAAGGACUUAAAUGGGCUUUUUAUAUUUAUAUAUCCUAAGCAUGAUACUAAAAAAUAUAGAACAGAGUCCAAUUAUUUUAGAGAAGAGUUAGAACAAAUUAAAAACAAGAAUUAUGCUAUUUAUGGUUUAUCAGAUGACAACACUGAGGAAGAAAUAAUAUGGUCAGAAGAAUUAACAACCCAAUUACUAUUUGACACUGAAAAAGAUCUGUUAAAAAAAUUAGGUUGCAUAAAUGAGGAAGACGAAAUAAUAAGAUCGCAUUUGAUUAUACAAAAUGAUUCUAAGGUUUCUUAUUUUCAAAAAAAAAUAGAUGAUGAUAUGUCGUUUGAAAAUGUAAUUAAUUUUCUUUCACUUAAUGAAAACGAUAAAGCUUACGAGGAUACGAUAAAAGACACAUCUGUAGAAAAUGAAGAAGUCAGUAAUAGUGAAUUAGUCACAGAAGAAUAUGGUAAAAAUAUAAAUAAUGAAAAGGAAAAGGAAAAAUCCGAUGAUGAAAAUGUAAAAACAGAUGAAGAGAUGACUAGAGAGGAUGAGGACGAAAGCGAUAAGCCGUACGAAGCGCAUAGUAGUGAAAAUAAAAACUCUGACCAUGCAGAAUCUGACCAUGCAGAAUCUGACCAUGUAGAAUCUGACCAUGUAGAAUCUGACCAUGUAGAAUCUGACCAUGUAGAAUCUGACCAUGCGGAAUCUGACCAUGUAGAAUCUGACCAUGCAGAAUCUGAACAUGCAGAAUCUGACCAUGCAGAAUCUGACCAUGCAGAAUCUGAACAUGCAGAAUCUAAACAUGCAGAAUCUGAACAUGCAGAAUCUGAACAUGCAGAAUCUGAACAUGCAGAAUCUGGCCCUGCGGAUAUAAAUAAAGAACCAAGUUUUGAAGAAAACAACUCCGAAUCAGAAAAAGAGAAAGAAGAUGAAGAUGGUGAUAAAACAUAUAAAGAAGAAGCAGAAGAAGACGAAACUAAUAAGUAUGAAUAUGAGAAUACUAACGAAGAUACAGAUGAAAAAACUGAUGGACAUGCGGAAAACGAAACUAAUGAUGAAACAUAUGAAAAAGACGAGAACGCAGAUGACAGCGUUGAGAAUACAGGUAAACAUUUUGAAAAUAUAGAUGACCAAGCUGAAAAUACAGAUGAUCAAGCUGAAAAUACAGAUGAUCAAGCUGAAAAUACAUAUGACCAAGCUGAAAAUACAGAUGACCAAGCUGAAAAUACAGAUGACCAAGCUGUAAAUACAGAUGACCAAGCUGAAAAUACAGAUGACCAAGCUGUAAAUACAGAUGACAACGCUGCAAAUACAGAUGACAACGCUGCAAAUACAGAUGACAAAAAGGAAGAGAAUGAUAGGAACAAUGAUAAUAAUAACACAAAUGAAAAAACUACUGUAGCUAUUAAAACACAAGUUGAUAAGGAAAAAAAACAGGUCAAAAAAACAAUUCAAAAAAAAAAUAAACCAAAUAAUUUGAAUGAAGAAAAAAAAGCGAAGUCUGCAAAAAGUAUGUUGAAAAGUGAUAAAAAGAAGAACGAAACAAAAA